AUGGAGCGGUUAGAGGGCUAUGAGAAGGACAUUACGACCCAGUACAAGAAACGUGUUGAGUUUGAAGUUAACCGACAUAUUCUGGACACCAACGGUCGACACAACAAACAUCACGCCAUAAUAAAGGAGUGGAAAGAACGCAAGAAGUUCAUGACAUCAGACCGGGGUGUGUGGGGAGGCGAUGGCAACAAGACCCCUCUCUACUGGAAGAGGGAUACCCACGAGAACUACACCAGGAUGAGACUCAGGACCUGUCCUAAUAAUGAGUUUAACCCUCAUAACGACGCUAAGUUCUACGAUGAGUACGAUGUCUUGAGAGAAGAGAGCUCGGUUAACCUGCUGGGAGUAUCAGAGGAGGCCCGGAUAAGAGCUGACAAGGAGACCCAGGAGUCCUGGGAAGUGGUCAUGAACAACAACAUUCCUGAUGUCACCGACGACGAACAGCUUAUAUUCUUCGAGGACUGUCACCUGGUGACACUGCUCAAUAUAAUCCCUGGCACCCUGAAAGUUUCACCUACUCACAUCUACUUUUACGAGCAUGAAAAGGAUGAAACUCACCACAAAUUGUCCCAUAACAAUCUGGUGUGGAAGAUAAAGGACAUCCGUGAGAUUCACUUGAGAAGAUAUAAUCUCAGAUACUCUGCUAUUGAGUUCUUCUUAACGGAUCAGACUAACCAUUUUAUUAAUCUGAGCAAAUACCACCGCAACAAAGUUUACAGCAAGAUAAUGUCUCUGAGACCAGCAAACCUAGUUCACGGCAUUACCCGCACCCCCGAGGAGAUGGUCGCCAGUUCCAACAUCACUAAAAAGUGGAUGGAGAGGAGAAUCUCCAACUUUGAGUACCUCAUGAACUUAAACACGAUCGCUGGACGAACCUACAACGAUCUCUCCCAGUACCCCGUCUUCCCCUGGGUGUUGACUGAUUACCUGAGCGACUCUAUAGACUUUGAGAGCCCUCUCUGUGAAUGUUUCAGGGACUUCAGCAAGCCUAUCGGAGCACAGAUACCAGAGAGAGCAGAGCACGCAGAUAUAAAGUACCACUCCCUCCCUCAGGACGGUCUGGACCCUCCCUUCCACUGGGGAACACACUACAGUAACCCAGGUGCUGUGCUUUACUACCUGGUUAGGAUGGAGCCCUACACUUCACUUCAUAUUGACCUUCACGGCAGGUUCGACCACCCUGACCGGCACUUCUACAACAUCAACAACAGUUUCAAUAGCUCCACCAGAGGUCAGGGCGACUGCAAGGAGCUCAUUCCGGAGUUCUUUUACCUCCCUGAGUUCCUUGUUAACUCUAAUGAGUUUGAUUUUGGGACCAGGCACGAUGGGAAGCCUGUGGGAGAUGUUAUUCUACCUAACUGGGCUAAAUCACCUGAGGAUUUCAUUGUUAAACACAGAGCGGCGUUAGAAAGCGACUACGUAUCGAACAAUAUAAACUACUGGAUAGACCUGAUAUUUGGGUACAAACAGAGGGGGCAGGCUGCUAAAGAGGCUCUUAACGUCUACCACUACACUAGCUACGAGGGUAUGGUAGAUCUAGAUAACGAAAAAGACCCCAAGAAACGGCGGGCACUGGAGGCUCAGAUCAGUAACUUUGGACAGACACCCCGUCAGAUAUUCAAGGAACCCCAUCCUAAGAGAAUGAAUCUGUCAGAGGCAUCCUCACUUAAGGGUUCAGCUCUAUCACACGUGCUAAAUGCACCCGCCCUGAAAGCUAAUGCAAUACAGAUGGGUGCUCCCGAGAACCCACUCAUAUUUGCGGGAGUCAGUGGAGGGUCUCCCAAUCAAGUUAUAGAACGGGGUGUCAUGGACAACCUGGUUACGAUAUCCAGGAAUGGAGUGUAUGGUAUCCACAACUGGUUAGCAAGGUGGACUGGAGCUCAUCCUUUCUACUGUGAGAAGGAUACUCAGCUAGAAGAAGGAGUAAGGUGCGUAUCAGGGCCCUUCUCCCCCGGAGCCCGCACACCCUGCAACCUAGUGCGACUAAGUGCGGACGGGAAGGUGCUGUUCACAGCCGGACUCUGGGAUAACAGCAUCAGAACAGGACGUGUGAACCAGCACGAGAUAAUCCCUCUAGGAGUUCUCUACCACCACAAGAACGUGAUAUCCUGCAUGGAACUAGAUGGGAAGUACCUAGCUACCGGUGGUAGAGACACCACGGUAGUGAUCUGGAAGUUGCUGAGGAAGGGAGGUGAGUGUAACGGACUGAAGCCUCAUCCCAGUGCGAUAUUAUACGGCCACAACUCGGAGGUGACGUGCGUGGCGCUGAGUCAGGAGCUGGAUAUAGUGGUGUCUGGAUCUACAGAGGGCAUUGUCCUGAUUCAUACCCUGAAACAGGGAACCUAUAUCCGCACUCUGGUGCCCCAUGUUCCCACGGAGCCUGACUCGGACCACUUCACUGUGUCCUUUGUGGGUAUUGCUAGUAACGGGAACCUUGUUAUUGCUGGCAAGCUGCCAAGUAACAAGGGCGGUCACCACUCUGUCAUAUACCUCUACACUCUGAACGGGAAGCUGAUAAAGCGAGCUAAGUUAGAGGACGAAACAAGUGCCAUGUUCCUGGAGGGGAACAGAGUAGUGUUGGGAGGAACUACUGGGUCUCUGGAGAUACGGGACACUGACUACAUCAACAUCAAACAUAAACUAAGGCUCAAGACAGGGGUGGUGGCUGUGUCCAAGGACCCUAGAAACCAGCAUUUGUUUGUUACGACCACUGAUGUUACGAGUACAACAGAUGGCACUGAGGACGCCUCAUCAGCGCCGCCAGUACUACCAGAUCCAGAACCCACCGACGCACCCGUAGAAGCAGAAGAAGUGCCCGAAGCAGAAGUGCCUGAAGCAGAGGAGCCUGAAGAGACGCCAGCAGCAGAGGACCCUGAUGAUAUGGAUGUCAAAAGUACUGCUACUCACCCUCUUACGUCAUCUAUCAUUCUUGCAACUGCAGUAGGAACUGGUGUCAUGCUCGUGUUGGGCCGAUACUGA